UGUUGCGCAGCCCUGGCAACCGCGCAAAAAUAAAAACCAUAACAUAGCGCCCGCAGCAACAUAUUUACUACCGAUAAAAGCAGCACCAUCGUAAUAAUGAACUAUUUCCCAAACUAUUACUCCAUCGAGGAUAUAUUCGUUACACAGGAGAAGGUGGAAUGCCGUGUCAACACGAAGCUGCAGCGGAUGGGAUUUCUGGACUCCGGCGCUGAUUCAGAUGACUUAGAACCAGGACGAACAGUAAACCUACCGCUCUGGUAUAUCAAAGAGCUGAAGGUGAAUAACGCCUACUUCACCGUCUCUGUGCCGGAGAUCUACCGCAAUGUGCACAAGGCUGUCUGCGAGGCGGAGACAACCCACAUUGAGCUUGGGCGCCUGCACCCGUACUUCUACGAAUUCGGCCGCUAUCUGACGCCGUACGAUCGCAACCACGUGAUCGGCCGUAUCAUCUUUGAGACAAUGCGACAACGGGUCCGUCACCUUCUCGACAUCUCCAAGAGCGACGGCCAGGCAAGCAAAUCAGAGCACCGUUUGGACAACAUCGAGGCCAAGCUGCACGAGGCGGGAGUGCGCACGAAUAGCCAGUACAUCGAAUGGCUGCAGAUGACGGGGAACAAGAUUCGAACAUCGGUGCUGGUGGAGGAGCACCAGAAAAAGCGGCGGCGGGCAGAUCGCAGCGAUGAUGAGGGAGAUGUCCUGCCCAGUAGCAAGAGGGCCACCCUGUGACCAACCAUCCCAGCACAGUAAACUAAUCCAGACUGAUGCUUUGGAACUGUAGCAACUUUAUUUCGUCCAUUCAUUUGGUGGGCCUAGGGCAGCCCAACCUCUCAAAAAUACACUUCAACUACACACUCGGCUAUAUCCAUUUGUACAGUUCAAAAUACAUGCAUUCGAUCUGGGGCCGGGUCUUAAGCUAAUCUCGUAUGAGCUGACGGUCCGCGCUUUCCAUGGACUUGGCAAUAAGCCAAACAACCGCGCAUCAUUAUACGAUAUUGCGCCACAUUAUUACAUAUAAAUAGUUAACUACAUAUAUAGUAUAAUUAUAAUCUUGUAAGCUCAAUUAAAAUUUGAUUUUGUGCUAGUUUCA